AUGACAAAUGAUAUGGAAUAUAUCACGUUUAGACACAUAAUUAACAAAGAUCAGAAGUUUAAACUAUUAGUGCCUUUGCUGUUCAGUUACGAAAAUAUUUUGAAAUUGAUUAGUUGUAAACUACAGAAAAAUUCUGACCAAAUUUUGUUGUUCAAACCAAAUGAUGUCAGAUCACUUCACAAAUCAACUCAUCCCAAUGUCAAAGCCAUCCUUGAAGCCAUGGACAUGAUAGAUCCUUCUGAUGACAUGACAAUUUGUUUCGAUAUUGCACCAGAAAGUGUCAAAACCGUUGACAGAAGUGACAUCACCGUUAUUGACAAAAAUGGCAAAACGAAACAGAGAUUUGCUAUUUAUUUACCUCGUGGUGAUCAGUCCAAUGAGAGGUUGAUUGAAGAAAUCAACAAAACAGUCACUGAUAAGUACAAAUAUUUUUAUUCUGUCAAUGGAUUUCCACGUGAUUUUGUUCCAGGCGAAAGAGUUGAAUUUAAUCACAGAGUUGUAUUGGAAACAGAACUGGAAGAACCUGAAAAUGAUGAAGAGGUUCUUUUGAGAGUUGUCAAUAGAGAUCAGUUGUUGGGAGAUAAUGGAAAAUUGCCUUAUUAUAUUAAGGAGAAAUCUGAUAAGAAAGUUGAUGAAUUACUCAAGGAAAUCAGUACAAAAACUGGUCAAAUUGUUCACUUAAUUAAGGGAACAAGUAGAAGACCAGAAAUCGCUGAUCACAAGGAUUUGCUCGCAAAGGAUAUUGUCAACAUGAAUAUCGCUGUUAUCACAAAGAUUUCUCUAUCUGCUCUCUACGGAGAAUCAUCUGAACUCAAAAUGAAUAAAUAA